AUGCAGUUCAAGACGCUUGCUCUCUACGUCGGUGCCGUCCUUGCGGCCGCCGCUCCUGCUGCUAUGGCCGCGCCCUCGUCGCCAACCUGUGGUAACACCUACACUGCUGCCGAGCACAUCGAACAGCACCUGGGUCUCAAGAUUUCGGAGCUCAGCAACAGCUCCAGAAACAGCACCAACUCGAAAUUCAGGGUGAACGCCGCCUCGGUCUCGGCCAGCAUCCCCAUCUACUUUCACGUCAUCACUGACGGCACCAACGGAAAGCUCACCUCAUCGCAGAUCAACAGUCAGAUCUCGGCAAUGAACAGCGGCUACUCCGGCACCGGUCUUUCGUUCUACCUUGCUGGCAGUGAGACCACCACCAACUCGAAUUGGUUCAACAAUGUCAACCAGGGCACCUCUGCCGAGCGUGCCAUGAAGUCGGCGCUUAGGAAGGGCGGUGCCAACGCUCUCAACGUCUACACUGUCAGCUUCGGAGGCUCGGGCCUGCUGGGCUACGCCACGUUCCCUUGGGACUACAACUCGAACCCUAGCAACGACGGCGUUGUCAUGCUCUACUCGACGACGCCUGGUGGAUCUACCACCAACUACAACCAAGGCAAGACGCUCGUUCACGAGGCCGGCCACUGGGUGGGUCUCUACCACGUGUUCCAGGGCGGUUGCUCGGGCAGCGGUGACUACGUCGACGACACUCCUCCCCAGUCGACUGCCACCAACGGUUGCCCGACCGGUCAAGACUCUUGCUCCGGUGGUGGCGUCGACUCGAUCCACAACUACAUGGACUACUCUUACGACUCUUGCAUGACCGGAUUCACCUCGGGCCAGACCACUCGUCUCAGCGCUGCCAUGAGCUCGUACCGUCUGUAG